UCAGGGAGCGCUGGAGCUCGAGAGGAUUCCCUGCCGCAGCCGCAAUCCCACGUGCGCCCCCGGCAGAGGAUGCGUGGGGGGUCCUGAGUUGGGGGUUUCCCGAACAUACAAUUACCAUGCAGAAUACAGUCCAGGUGUGGUUUGGAGAUGAUCCACCUAUCAGUCCACGAAGUCCACUGACUCCAAGGCACGGCCCUGGCUUGGCUGAUGUUUUACUAUAUGACCAAUGGAUAUCUGUCCGACAUGAGGCAACUCUAAUUCCUAUGCAAGAGGACCUGGCUAUCUGGCUAUCUGGCUUGUUGGAUAUUGAACUUAAAGCAGAGCAUUUAUUGGAGGAACUUGAUAACGGGGUACUGCUAUGCAUUUUGAUUGGAGUCAUUCAAAGCAUAGUUAAAAAAUCUUGUAACUCAAAUGAUCUAAAGAAUUUCCCUUUGAGAAGAGUUCCCUGUAAAAAAGAUGCUCCUUCAGGAUCUUUCUUUGCCAGAGAUAAUACAGCGAACUUUCUGAAUUGGUGUAGGUGCAUUGGAGUGGAUGAGACUUACCUCUUUGAAUCCGAAGGCUUAGUUCUGCAUAAAGACCCAAGACAAGUAUACCUUUGCUUACUGGAAAUUGGUCGCAUUGUAUCAAGAUAUGGAGUUGAACCACCAGUAUUAGUAAAGCUAGAGAAAGAAAUUGAAUUGGAAGAAACUUUGUUGAUGUCCUCUGAUAGUGUAGCUCCUAUAAUUUCCUAUAAAUUGUGCUGUCAGCAUGGAGAAUUACAUGAAGCAGUUAAGCAUAUUGCUGAAGAUCCUCCUUGUAGCUGCUCUCAUAGAUUUUCAAUCGAGUAUUUGUCUGAAGGGCGCUAUAGACUCGGAGACAAAAUACUGUUUAUACGAAUGUUACAUGGCAAACAUGUAAUGGUACGCGUUGGUGGAGGCUGGGAUACUCUUCAAGGUUUUCUUCUCAAGUAUGAUCCUUGCCGAGUGCUUCAGUUUGCAACAUUGGAACAAAAGAUUUUGUCUUUUCAAAAAGGUGCAUCUGGUGAUACAGUUUCUGAUUCAUCUGCUAGAGCUCCACAGCCUCCGGUCAUGAAUCCCAUAUCUGCCAUUGAUACAUACCAUACCCAGAGUUCAAAGCUCUCUGCUGCUGUUUCAGUUUCAAAAAACCCUCCUGUAGGUAAUAGGAAACAGGCAGCAGCUAAGUUGCCACAACAAACUGUUCUUUCUUCUUCAGGAGCAGUAAUGCAUACCUCGCCUACAAACCAGUUCACACAGAGCCACCCCAAAUUGAAAGACUCUUCAGUAAGUAACGUUCAGCCAUUUUCCAAAUCAUCAAAAGCAGUUUCAAAAAAGUCAGCACUGCCUUCUCAUAACCCUACAUCUGUUUCAAAAUAUAGACAAACUGUAAAUAAGGGCUCAUCAUUGGCUCAGGGGAGAACUGCUUUAACACCUUCUGAAUCACUUCAGAAAUGUACUGUAUCAUCUAUCAAACCUGCAUGUUCCCAGAAUUCUCCAAUUGUACAACAUCCUGCUCUAGGUUGUUCAACCAGUAAACUUUCCGUGUUGCCUGAAACAGCUAAAAGGGUCGGUUCUCUAGAAGAACAUCAUUCUAAUACUGCAGCUGGGCUCAAAAAUAUAGCCAAAUGUAAGCCUCUUUCAAAAACCUCAGCAAAAUCUGCAAAGACAAUUAACAGAAACUUACAUGUGCCUAAGCCAUCUUGCUCUCAAACAUCUUCUACAAUGCCAGCAAAAUUAAUUUCCCAAAUUAGCAGUCAAACAUUGCCCACACAGUUUUCCUCACACAGAGGGAAAUUGGAAACUAAGCAAGCCAAACAGAUAACUGCUCCUAGCCCCAAACAGCUGAGUUCUAAUUCCUCUCUUACAAAUGGUAAAUCAACUGAGCAGGCAUCUACAUCAGAUGUAAAGAGUAAAAAUUCAUUUUCAUCUAUUAAUAAUUCUUCGGCUAAGAAGAGAGCGGCCCAAAAUAGCAGGAUGAAAACACAGGUAACAGCUGAUGCAUCAACACACUCUGAUCGUAUGCCAUUGUCUGUUGUGCGUCUUCCUCAAACAUCGACCAUAAAUGGGACAAGGAAAAAGACAGGGAAGGCUAACAUCAAAAGUCAGGCACAGGUCAAAGUCUCCCAGAAGAACGAUAAAGAUCUUGAUUCAACCACUAAGGAUCCUGUUUUAAAAGGAAAAGCUACAACUGUUCUAACUAAAGGGACCCCAAUUAGGUUAAAGGAUCCCACAGUAAAGUCAGAACAGGAGGGUAAUUACUUUGUUGUGACUGGGAAUAAGAAACUCAGAAAGUAAAGUUCCCAGAAUUUUGCAAUUGAUUAUUGCAACAUGUUUUUCUAAUAGCUACUUUAUACUAGUGAACUUAACAUUAAAUAACAAUACAAUCAUUUAAAUGCUAAGCCUGCUUUGGAACAAUGAAAUUUAAAAGGUUUCCUAGUCCCCACAACUGCAAUAGUUGACUGAUUACAAAAAGGCACUUUAUCAUGAUCUGCAUUAUAAGUAUUUUUGGGUCCAUUUCCUACAUUAAUGUUGAGAUGAUAAAAAUGCACCCAAUAGAUCACUUAUUGCUCAGUUUCAUGUGGCAAAUAUUUCUUAAUGAAUUGUAUGGACAAGGUGGCAUUUACCAUCUCCAAGGAAAACUAUAGCAUAGCAAAUUGCCUGUAUUAUUAGGUACAUGUGCCAGAGAAAAUUGAUAUCUCCUGAGCAUAUAUUCAGAUAAAAUCAUGUGUUGACUCUGUCAUGGGUAUUUGUUUUUAAUAAGGGCUUUUGUCAAAAAUGAGCAUGAGAAUUAGUAUUUACUACUAUUGUAUGUGCAUACUACUAACUAAAAAAGCAACUGUCAAUUAAUCCUGAGUUAAUAAUAACUCUAAAUUAAUAAUCUACAAUGCUAAAUUUCAUUUAAACUUUCAGGGCAAAGAGAUGACUAAGAACAUUUUACAAGAGUUCUUGGCUUUGAAGAUAAUAAUUUUAGUGCCUUCACAGAUUAUGUGCUUUGUCAGCUGUAUCACAGGAAAGUCUGAAUAUAUUGGCUCAAAUGUGUAUUCUAAUUAUUAUGGGUUGUGUUCAAGGCUACUGUUAUCAGCUGGGCUUAUGUGAACAAAAUUAUGAAUUCAAUUAUAAUGUAAUGAUGAUACUGGCACUGUGUAACUUUUUCAUGUUUGGUUUUCUGAAAGGACUAAAAUUUAUGCAGGCACAGUCUUGCACGCUUAAAAUGUGAUAGACAAACCUCUCUAUGGGAGGAGAGUGCUCAGUAGAUUUCUAGGAAAUUGCUUGUGUUGACAAAGUGAGAGAACAACUUCAAAAAGCAUGGAUUAUAUUCAUAGGUGUAACUGAAAAACCUUUUAAAUAAGCUGCCUUUAGGAUUUUUAUAUUUCUCACAUUAUUUCAUUUUUAGCUGUAGAAUCUAUUUGUUGUUACGUUUAAUCACUUUACUUACAACAUACAUAACUAACAUUGAAGAAAAAGUAAGCCAGGAUCUACUUUUUUAGUUUUAGGUUUGCAUUCAGCAGUGUGUAUUCUCUGGCAAGAUAAUUAACUAUGUACAUCUGUACUGCUGUUAAAAUACACUUGUACUUGUUAACAUAGGGUUUUGAAGCAAUUUUUAAAACAAACUGCUGUAACUUCCUUGUGUUCCCCCUCUGCCCACACCCCAGGAGUCAAGAAAAGCUUCUCAAGCAUUAACUGUAUAAUUUCACUGUUGGUUAAAAUGUUAGUCUACUCAGUGUCGAACCAAAUAGUUGAAAUUCAAGUUAAAAUUAAUCAUUAGUGUAUGAAAAUGUUUUCUUCCCCAUGCCCCCACAAAAAAUCACAAAUUGGCUGUUGGCCAGAGUUGAAAUAAUUAGUCAAAUAUACAUCCUGACUGCUCUAGUUGCAUUUUCAAAAUAUAUUAUGUCUGACUCCUUGAGGUUCAGUGUGGGUGAGAGUUACAUUUUUUAGUAUAUAUUCUGUAUCUUAGGGGGGAAAAUGCAGUCAGAUAUUCUUAGGCACUGCAAAUUUAUAUCCAUAUUUCUUGACUCCAGACUUGCUUAUACACACAGAUUUCCUUAGCUGAAUCAGACUAACUCUGAGAUUGUAAUCUUAUAGCUACUUACCUGAAAACAACCGUAUUGAAUAAUGACACUUCAAUGCGUGUAUAUAUCUUUUGGAUACAGGAUAGUGUUAGGGUACAAAAGUAAUACAGGGCUCUCUAAAUAUUCAUUUUUGCACUUAGCUUCAACAAUGUAUGGAUUUGGAAACAAAAACAUCUCAAAUUGUUAUCACAGGCUGUGAGAAAAGUAAUAUAUUUAGCAACACAUUUUUGCUUUCAGUUUGGGUUUGAAAGACUUCAAAGCUGGUUAAAGUUGGUCCCGGUCUUUAUUCUUAAAACAGGGUAGACAUUUGCUUUAUUUCUCUCUCUGCCCUCCCAGUGCUAAGUGAAAAAUCCUAUAUAUGGGUUUGCAGGUUGUUGUAGUUACCAAGUAAGCAUUGAAAAGCUAUAGCAAAAUUUUCACAAGCUAUAUGGCUUCUAUUGGGAGCUGAACAUUUAUGUUUAGAAACCAUGUGUGUUUUCAUGGAGGUGUGCAUGAAAGUAGUUCAAGGUUAAAGUUCAUAUUGAAGAACUCGCACAAUAGAACAAAAACAUUCUGCAUUCAUGAUAAAAGCUACUGCCAUAAUAACGGUAUAUAUUAUUUAAGAUGUUAAAAAUACAUUGCCUUCUCUAAUUAAAAAAAAGUAUUACAUUUUAUUUACUGUAUGUUUACCUUUUUCUAAUUCCAAUGAGCAGGU